GCGUGGCCGAAGCCCGACUACAUGCAGGAGAAGAUUGAGGCAAAGGCCGUCCGAGAUGGUGGACAGGGAGCCUACCGUGAUCGAACCUAUGAGAUCGUUACACGAUGGACGCAGCACACCAAGAUCGAGUACCGGCCUCACGCGAAGGCUCCGGGAUCGAAAAGCCACAUCAGGUAUGAGAAGUACAGCAAAGCCAAGACGGUCGGACAAGCGCUGAAACUCGGAAGCUAUCCGAUCGACUGGUGCUUCGACUAUGAGCAUGGGUUCAUCAAGGUUGUCGGGGGCAACAUCCGAGACGAGCCCAUCGACAAGUCCAUGGUCGAUGACGACAGCCAGCUGACGGCAGUGGACAAGGCGAUCAUGAAUUGGUACAUGCGCGAGUUGGCCAAGCGCUGUGGCCUGAGGGUGGCAGACCUCCGCAUCGAGCGAG